UUUGGAGAGCCCUCUUGAUGGGUUUGAGCUGAGAGCCCCUGAAUAUAAAACCUGAGCAUCUACUGAGCAGUUUUUUUGAAAUCCAGUUUGAAAAACAUAAUCUCUGCCUCCAGUUGUGCUUUGGACCUUUGGGCUCUGCAAAUCAGGCAAAAAGCUGUUUGGGAAGACAACUCCUGAGAUGAAGCUGUGAACUUAGAUGGACAGAAAUGCCCAGAAACACAGAAGAGUGUCCUGAAGCCAUUGGUUUGAAGACCGUAAGAAAUGGGUGACUGGAGUUUUUUGGGGAACAUUUUAGAGCAGGUGAACGAGCAGUCCACUGUCAUCGGGAGAGUUUGGCUCACGGUGCUCUUCAUUUUCCGCAUCCUGAUCCUGGGCACAGCCGCUGAGCUCGUGUGGGGGGACGAGCAGUCAGACUUUGUGUGCAACACCCAGCAACCUGGUUGUGAGAACGUCUGCUACGAUGAGGCCUUCCCCAUCUCCCACAUCCGGCUCUGGGUCCUGCAGAUCAUCUUUGUAUCCACCCCUUCACUGAUGUACUUCGGGCAUGCUGUGCACCACGUCCGCAUGGAGGAGAAGAGGAAAGAGAGGGAGGAAGCUGAGAGGCGCCAGCAAGCCGAGGUGGAUGAAGAGAAGCUGCCCCUGGCUCCAAACCAAAACAAAGGCAACAACCCUGAUGGAACCAAGAAGUUUCGCCUGGAAGGUACUCUCCUGAGAACGUACAUCUUCCACAUCAUUUUCAAAACCCUCUUUGAGGUGGGAUUCAUAGUAGGUCAGUACUUCCUGUAUGGCUUCCGAAUUCUCCCCCUUUACCGCUGUGGGCGGUGGCCCUGUCCCAAUCUUGUGGACUGUUUUGUCUCCAGGCCCACGGAGAAGACCAUCUUCAUUAUGUUCAUGCUGGUGGUGGCCUCUGUGUCCCUCUUCCUCAACCUGGUGGAGAUCAGUCAUUUGAUCAUGAAAAGAAUCCGGAGGGCUCUGAGGAGACCAGCAGAGGAGCAGCUUGGAGAGGUCCCGGAGAAGCCCCUCCACGCCAUCGCAGUCCCCUCCAUCCCAAAGGCCAAAGGCUACAAGCUGCUGGAAGAAGAGAAGCCAGUGUCCCACUAUUUCCCUCUCACGGAAGUAGGGGUUGAGCCCAGCCCCCUUCCAUCAGCCUACAAUGAGUUUGAGGAGAAGAUCGGGAUGGGACCAUUGGAAGAUCUCUCCAGGGCAUUCGAUGAGAGGUUACCAUCGUAUGCGCAAGCCAAGGAACCAGAAGAGGAGAAGGUGCGAGCAGAGGAGGAGGAACACGAGGAAGAGCAGCCAGGGCCUCAGGAAGAGCCAGGGGUGAAGAAAGCAGAAGAGCAGGCGGCGAGAGAUGAAGUGGAAGGGCCUUCAGCACCUGCUGAACUUGCCGCUGAUAUGAGACCCCUGAGCAGGCUAAGUAAAGCCAGCAGCCGGGCCAGGUCAGAUGAUUUGACUGUAUGAAGGUGCAGGAUGCGGGGAGCACAUGAAAAGGAAAAGGUUGAAGAGAAAAGGAGAGAUAGAGAAAGAAUCAAAAGAUAUUUUUAAGCAAAGCGCUAAAAUGGCCACUUGAAUAUUAUUUCCUUUUAUGAUUCUCAACUGGAAAGGUACCACCAUGGUAACUGUGCCUUAUUUGCCCCAUAUGUCCCUGUAUUUCCCUGUUUCCACAUGCCAGCUCACUCAUUACAGUAAUACCUACACUGUACACAUAACUGAUGUUAUUUUAAAACCUAACAUGGCAGCGAUACCCAAAUGUUGCCGCUGUGAUCAUAUUCACUGAAAGCCUUGUGUUCCAUCUAGGAAUGUGGGGAGGAUCUGUCUUCCAGUGAGGGGAAAGACUGAUCAACAACAGUACCUAGUCUUUCUCUUUCUGUUUCCUCCUAUGGCUCACUGAGCAGAUCUCCCCUUUGCUGUUGGCAUGGAAUUGCAGUUAUUUAAUUCACAAAGUGAAUUCUAUGCUUAGCAUCAACACACUAAAAUACUAAGCCAAACUUCCCUUCUUUACUCAGAAAAUAAAGGCAAAAAUGUUCCAAAUUUCUCUGUGAAUGCAUAUCUGAGUUAGGUAAAAAUAUUUUCCCUGGUCAAACUAUUUCUGCUCUUCAAGCGACAUUGACAGUGGGCAAGGUUAACAGUAGCUCUCUACUAGGACUUAGCAGAUGCCCAGAAAUGGAUUAUUUGUUCCCAAGAGGGGGCCAUCCAGCCCUGAGACUAGUUCAGAAUACUGGAAAGAAUAAAUUCAAGUGAUAUUUUUUACUUGUAGCCUAGUGACUU